UUAAUUUUAACUUUCCUUUUAUAGGGGCUCCUCACAUUUCUUCAAAAUGAAUGUUACCGUCUGUUUCCUAAGACCUUUUGCCAGGUUACUGGUGCCAUUUCUCUUUCAUAGGAAGAGAAGGGUUUCACAUUCAACAAUUCUGCAGAGAUAUAUGUCUUCCAAAGUACCUUCUUUGUCUUGUCAUAAUAAGGACAGUACAUCCCCUCCUGAACAGCUAGAAUUGGACGGGUGGAAAACUACAAUGAAAUCUAGCAUUCAUGAAGAUGCUGUUUCUGUGGUCUCAGACAAAGAUGAAGAUUCUCUAGCUGCCACCAGAGAAUUAAUUGAGAUGUGGAGAUUACUUAGCAAAGAUGUCCCGGAACAUAUCACUGAAGAAGAGCUGAAAACACUUGUGGAAUGUACUUCUAAAUCAGCCAAAAGGAAGUACUUGAAGUAUUUAUAUCUUAAGGAGAAGGCAAAAGAAGCUAAGCAAAUAAAGAAGGCAAUGAAAGCAGAGGCCAGGAAGGCCAGGCUGGUAGAGAUGCCGGCGGGAGGACAGCAGGACUUCAUGUUUCUUCGGCUCUGGGAAUUGCGGAAGAACUCUGCUCUGGGCUGGAAGGGUGUUCAGGCUAUGCAGUUUGGACAACCUUUGGUUUUUGACAUGGCUUAUGAUAAUUAUAUGAAACCAAGUGAACUUCAGAAUACUGUUUCUCAACUUUUAGAAAGUGAAGGAUGGAACAGAAAAAGUGUUGAUCCUUUCCACAUUUAUUUCUGCAAUCUUAAAAUAGAUAGUGCUUAUCAUAGAGCGUUAGUUAAACGUUAUGGAGAAAAAUGGGACAAAUUGCUCAUAACAGCAACAGAAAAGUCUCCCAUUGAUGUAUUUCCAAAGGACAAGAUUAUAUAUUUAACUGCAGAUUCUCCCAAUGUUAUGACUACCUUCAAGCAUGAUAAAAUGUAUGUAAUUGGAUCAUUUGUUGAUAAAAAUAUGCAAACAGGCACAUCCCUCGCCAAGGCUAAACGGCUAAAUUUAGCAACGGAACGCCUUCCAUUAGAUAAAUAUUUACAGUGGGACAUUGGUAACAAAAAUCUCACCUUAGAUCAAAUGAUCCGUAUUUUGCUCUGCAUGAAAAACACGGGUAGCUGGGAAGAGGCUCUCAAGUUUGUUCCCAAGAGAAAGCAUUCUGGCUAUCUAGAGAUUUCUCAGCAUCCUCAGGACAUUUUGAGGAAACUGAAGAAGACAAAGACUUUAAGUUCCUUUCCAAAAGGCUCCUUAAAUGCACGCACAUGGAAAAAGUGACCUGAAUGCAAAAAUGUGAUAAGCAA